CUUCACUACAUGUAAGGAAAUACCGUUGCAAUGCAAAAGGUCGGCGGAAAUGGAUUGUGUUCCCAAACUCUGUUAGUCCAGCCGUGGUGUUUGUGGUUGGCGCUCGAGAUGGCCACAAUGUCACCGCGUGCUAGCGACGAAAAGGUCAAAAGCUUAACCAGCAGAAACUGAGUGCUGAACCAGCUCCUACGUGUCCCCUGGUCACCCAUCUGUCCAAUGCCAAGGUAUCCACUGACUGCCAUUGUCCGUGCUUCCAACUGUCUUUUUUCGGCAACUCGCAAACAGUGAUGGGUCGCAUUAGCUUCCAAAACAGCAGACUCCGUUCAGUCACACUUCACCAUAUGCCCAAAUCCUGCAGAUCUCCUUGGUUUUGAAUUGCUGGAGUCAAGCGUCGGCGAAGUGUCGUUGCUAGCGAGGUCAUGAGCACGGAUAUUGCAUGGACUUUCUCCCCGAAGCCUCAGCCAAAUCGGAACCCUGAGUGGCCAAUAUCUUGCACCGAAGGCAGGAAACAGAAACUUCCCAGGAGCCCAAGGUGUUCAUCUUAGAAGCUCUGUCAAUCGACAACCCGCCGGAACAGGGAAGUGCACUGCCAACACCGAACCUCAGUGAUGAGAGGGAGUGUUCCAGCGACCACUCAGGUGGAUACCAUGGCAGGAGUACUCCUUACACCCCUGCACGUUCCUCAAACUCAAAGAUAUCACGUCUGCUUCAGCAAAAUCGUCAUUGCAUUUCCCAAUUGUGGAUGCCGUUUGAUGUUGCACCCUUUGGUUUUUGAAGUAUAAGUUGUGCCUUCUCAAGUGCUCACACGUUUAUCUUCCUCCUGCAUGCUCCUUCCUUGGCCCCAUAGGACGCAGCAUACAGCUCUCACCACAAAAUCUUCAACACUUCAGCACACACAGCACAGAACACCACACAUCGCCCAGCAUAUAACACGGACCACAGAAUCUCUCUCCGCUCUCCUCCCUCCCUCCAGCACCCUCGCACACAUUGAAGCGGAAGACGCCAGAUAAACAACAGCUUCAACCGAAUUUACAGGGAAGCCUCUGGUAAGAUGGCCGGGAAGGCCUUCUCUUGUGGGCAGCCUGGCUGCAAUGGCGAGUACACCUCAAAGGGUGCACUCGCCAGCCAUACCAGGAGCCAGCAUGGUGGCAGGAAGCUCUCGUGCCGGUAUUGCCCCAAACAGGUAGCUAAUGCUACCAAUCUCCGCAGGCACGAGAAGACGUGCGAGAAGGGGCCCGCAAAUGCCGUGCACACCAAGUACGUCUGUGCUUGGCGUUCCUGUGUCUUUUCCGGAAAACGGAAAGACAACACCAAGAGGCACAUGGAGGCAUGUGCCAAAAGGCCUGCUCAUAUGGGGGAUGAGCUCCCCGAGCCAAUUAUGGUCCUUCCAGAGGGCCAAGUGGGUGGCGUCUUGCCAGACGUCACUCAAUGGCAGAUCGGAGAGCCCCCGGUCCUGCCUCAGUCGCGGGGGCAGGGAGAGGAGGCAGGCGCGGAAGCCGCGGGGCUUCCAGGAUUCCCCUUGAGGGGGCAAGGCCCUGUCGCAGCAUUUGCUGCCCAGGAGCCGGUUGCCCCCUUGGGGGGUUUGCAGGAAGGGCAUGAUGCCCUUCCGCAAUUCGACCUGGAUGCGCUGCUCGCGGAUCCGGAGCUGUUUCCAGAGGGGUCUGUUGCUCCUUUGGGUCUGCCGGAAGGGCAGCAUGCCCUUCCACAAUACUUCAACCCCCAGCAGCGAACAGAUGCUACGGGGCUGCUGCCGGAGGGGCAAACUGCUCCUCCGCAAUAUGUCAACCCGCAACAGCUGUUGCUUGUUGGGGGACGGUUUCCCGGGGAAUAUGGCACUCUUCUCGGGAAUAGCGCUCAGGGGAUGUCGCUAUACAACGGCAUUCCCCAGGGAUGGGCCGGGGGGCACCCUGACAUCAACGGUCGGGGCUCAGCGUUCCUCGGCCAGGGGAACUGGAACCUCUCUAAGAGGUUCGUCCCCCAACUUCGUGCAUUGUAGAGGCAACAACGCCUUUUAUAUGCUCUCCCUGGCUCAGGGUCGUCUGCAGGUCACAGCAGGGCCCUUACUGAGCAUCAACUUGAAGCACCAGCGCCAGACUGAGCUGCUAUCAAGAAUAUAAGCGCCAGCAACAUUGCUGAGACAGCUUAACCGUUGUUGUCAGUUCGGUACCUGCGGAGGAGUCCACUCCAGAAGCUCGCAAGCUUCUGGUCGAUUAAGUUGGGUCAUAAGACGGAGUGACCUCGAUUGAUACAAUCAGAUGCAGACAGCAGCAUCGAUUAGUUGAUGUCGUCGGCAUACCGCAACUUAUGAUCACUCCUCAACAAUAUCUGAGUCGCCCUUCAUCAGACAUACAGGGUUGUUCUGUAUUGCUUUGUCCAACAGCAAGUACAUCGCAGUAUCCCUUAACAGACUCUGAGUCACGUACGGGCGGCCAACAGAGCUGUUUGUUCCUCUCGCCGACACCCACUCGAGACCGCACUCCGCUUUGAGUGUCUCACGUUGCCCAUGAGUGACCAGCGAAGCUGAUCUAAGUGCAACCAGGCAGAGGGCAUACUGGGGACCCUUGUCAUAGUCUCUAAGCCAUCAGUCCAUGGCCCUCACAUGUGCCAAUCUUCAUACCGAGAAGCACUCUUCGUACAACACUCCUUCACGACACCUCUACGACCCUUCCUGGGGUACCUGUGGACCGCCAACAGAGCUUCCACAGUGCUGAUCAGUACCCACCCCAUCAGGAGCGUCUCUCCAAUACCAUGUGCACAUCCUUACCUGUCGAGCAGCGUUGUCUCCACCUCUCGCUGCAGUAUACCGCACCACACUCUCCCCACAACCUCUGAAUCACCUGCUCGCGGCCGCCAGAGCUGUCAUUGACCCACAAGGCUUGAUCAGCCUCCCUUACCAACACGAACAACCCACAAACCAGGGCUCGCGCCUCUGCAGAGGUCCAGUUCCAUAGGAGGGCAUCUCACUAACCUAUGGUCGUUCUACUUCCUGAUUACUCCCCCAUUGCCUCGACAACAACCCGCGUUUCUCAUUUGCUCACGCGCAGACGCGUCUACCUUUAUCCUAGGGAAGAGGGUGGCUGGGCGGCUCCCUGGGAUGCUUUUCUUGCUUGUCAACAACAAGAUUAUCCCAUCUACUCGUCAACCAUCUCAUCACGACGAUCCGCCAGCAACACUCCCUUCAGUUGUAUCCUGGGCAAUUGGGUGGCAGGUAACUUUCUCCUGUGCCUUUCGCUUCAUCCAUAGGCACAACGAACAGCUUCAGCAACCUUCUAUAAUCCGAACAACUCCGGUCCUUGACUCUCUGGGCAAGAGGGUGGUUGGGUGGUGCCCAGAGAGUCCUUUCAACACCUAACACACACUGCCUUCGGGAACCAGUUGUCUAGUGCAUACGCAUAGCAGGCUUACCGAUGCGUCUCCAACAGCCAAUACAUACAUCCAAUCUUGACUUCAUCGCCAAUGCCCUUCAUCCAAUCACUGCUUCGGGUGUCCUGUUUGACAUUCCGAAGACAACGGAUCGGCAUUUAGCCACGCCUGAGACCCCUUCAUAAACGUCGACACGAUACCAGUCCAUAUGUCUGGGGAAUGUGGCACGACGUGUGCAUGCCUGUGUCACGCCUGUCUUUCGCUUCCACUAGCAGCACCAUCUCAAUGUCGACGGCAUACCAUCCUCGGCUGCUAACCUCAUCCCUGUAUUUCUAUUAUCUCCUGGGCAAGAGGGCGGUUGGGUGGCAGCCCAGGAGACCAUUGCCACGUUAUUGUCACCAUCCUUCUCAGCAACCGAUCCCUGCAAAAGAUUCUCGCCGCUCGGCAUGGCUCGUAGCCACAUUAUCCUUCAUCAGCCCACUGUCAUCGGCCAACAACCUCUCGAGUAGGGUCGUACCGAUCCUAGUUCUAACCCAGAGCAACUUCCUGAGGAGCGGGUUGGUGGGCGGUGCUCAGGAACUCUUUCCAGCUUUUUCUCCUCUCUUAUCAGCAGAUACAGCACUUGCAGUGCGAUUCACAAUGCUAACAUCUUGAUUGGUCCCAUUAUCUUCAGCAUUGUUUCCUGGGCAGUGGGUGGGUGGGUGGUGCCCAGGAAACUUUUGUGGUACAACUCAAUCCUUUGAUAUGGCUCUCAUUGCCACUGGCUACUGUCCCAACCGCUUAUCCACACACCUGACAAGCUACCAAGUCAUCACCGCUACUCUAACCAUAUGGUCGACGCCCAAUUUCUGGACGUUGUCGACCUGGUAUACGAUUCCAAGGCGUUAUAUCGCUCAGACCCUAACAGCGGCACCAGGUUGCUAGACUUAAAUCAGUCUCGUGUCGAGCAACAUCUCUUGGGCAAGAGGGCGGGCGUGUGUUGCCCAGGAGAGCCGAACUCGUUUGAUUACGACAUCUCUCAUUCCGACGUGGUGCAUUGUCACCGACCCUACAUUCAGUCGUUCGCGCUGAGCAGAGGCUGGCGCCCGCACUAACGCCCCUCUAGACUUGGUAGCCUCCUGCUCUCGGUUUCUCGUCGCUGACACCAUCAUUCUCGAGAACCUCACAUUUGAGAUCGUACGCUCGCAACCGCGAAGCCGUGGGUCUCACUAGCACCACCUCCACGCACCAGCUUUGCCUUACUACCUUCUCUCGCUCCAUCGACCAACUCGAUACCUCUGACUAACACCCCUCCUACCUCGACCACUGUAUUGCUUCCACCAAUCCCCCAAUCCAAUCCCCCAACACAAGCCAAUCCCAUUCCCACUUAUUGCUGUUGAUCGUCGACCUGUCCAUGUCGAGCCAUGAUCGCAGCGCGCUGCUUUGGUCUGGUCAAGAAAGUAUGACCAUUCAUCGCCGCCACUGCAGGUCUCAUGCACAGAUUGAACUCACCCAGAGAGAUCCUUUGUUUCCAAUCGAUAUGGAUAUCGAAGACGAGUAUAUUGGGCACAUGUAAACAGAUCAUUGAGCUGUGGAUUCUUUUUUGAGACGUGACACUGUUACCCAGUCGGAUCUAUUUCUUUGAGCGGGCCAAGACCCAGCUCAGCUUGGAGAGGGCACAAACAUGUUCUCGUCGUCUUUAUCAUUCCAACACUCAUUCUUCAGACCUUCCAGCAGACCCUUGUAGGCCCUUUUGCGUUGCGGCUGUCUUUGGCUCUAUUUCCUUCGAUGGCUCUUCGAAAUCUCAGCAGACCCUGUAAGUCGCUGAUUUCCAGAUCAGUGAACGCUACUACUGUUCACAACUCGUUUACGAGGUAUGGAUGCCUGCUGUUCGAUGGAUGAAGAGAGCAAAUUGACGGGCGAGUGAACCAGGUGGCCUGGAGAGGAUAAGGGGGUGGCAUUGGGGAGUUGCCAGACUCCGAGUGUCGAGGGCAUGCAAUACUAAUAGCUUUGUCCAGUAUAUGGGGGUUGAUCCGGGUAAUCGUUCAAUCGAGUGUCUAACUUUGACAAGAGCGAGGGGUGAAGUGGACAGUACUUAGGGACAUAGUCUUCAAUGUAGAUACUCUAGGCUACUCCAAUGUACAAUAUCAGUUGUCUUAUCUCAG